CUCGUCCGCGCCAGAACCAGAAACCCCCGGUCUUCUUCUCUCUUCGCUCUGCCGCUCCUCUCAGAAACCCUAGUAUCUCUCUCUCUCUAGGAGAAGAAGAAGUCUAUGCAAAUACCCACACUCUUCCUCGACGAUGGAUCACGAUCACCACGGAUGGCGUCCCGCGCCAGCUCCAGGCAACGCCUGCCCCGUCUGCUCCGCCCCGCAUCUCCCCUUCUGCCCUCCGCCGCCGCCGCCUCCCUCUUUCAAUCCGAGCCUCCCCGGGUUCCCCGACCGUCACCACCUCAACGGGUACCAACCCGUUGCCCCGCAUCACGCUCAGGGGUUCGGUGAUCCGAGGAAUCACUGGCGCGGGUACCCGAAUCGCGGCAGCGACGAUCUCGGGCAGCACCCGAAUCGGUUCCGGCAGGAUGGUCUCGGGCCGAGGCCGAAUGGCUACGGCGGCGCCAACGGGUUCGUCGGCGAGGGCGAGAGGAGCUACAAGAAGAUGAGAGUGGCGGAGUUGAGUGAUCCGAGUUUGGGUGGUUACGCCAAUGGGAAUCAGGAUGCUUUUCCUAGGGCUUCGUUUGACGACGAGCGUCGAUUGAGGCUGAUUCGGGAUCACGGGGCGCCUUCGGGAGCGAACGCGGGGUAUGGUUUCGAUGGUAUCAGGGAUGGGACAGGCGAAUUGGCCGCGAAAAGUAUGCAGAAGAGCUAUGGGAAUGGGAAUGUCAGGUUCGUUCGCGGGGAAGCCGACGGCGAACAGCAAUACUAUCUGCAGAGAAGUGGGAAUGAGUAUCAGGCCGAAGUUCCGGGCAUGAACAUAAUGUAUCGUGGCCAGGGCGGCGGCGUUGCGAGGGACGAUUACGGUCGUAACUAUCAGCCACCGCAUCCACCUCAGGCAAUUCGAUCAGGGCAGGGUCAAAAUAACUUGACACAUGCCGGGAUAAGAGAGGGGAACCAGCCAUUUCAUGCCAAUCAUGGUCCAGUUGGGUAUCAGAAUUUCCCUGGGAUGGCUCCAUAUGGUGCUCCGAGCUUAGGCGCCGGAGGAGGUUACCCGCCGCAUCCUGCCGGGCCUGGCAUGAACGUCGCUCACCCUCCUCUCCCUCCGUCUCCACCGCCACCCCUGCCGCUUGAUCCGACGGGUUACGCUUCAUCAGAACAGAGGGCACAUUCGCCAUUGCCAUCGGCACCAUCUAGUUCUCGGUUUCCCUUGCCUUCGAGCUCUUCUAGAGUGUCUCCCCCGUAUCCUCCAGCACCUGGAAAUCACCACCUUCGGCACUACUACCGUGGUGGACAAACUCCAACUGUAUCUGCUGGCUUUGUCCCGGAGGAAUAUAAGGCCAUGCAAGGGAACUCAUUGAGGCAUUAUGCCGGGCAGGGUCCACAGCUUCCAUCACAGCAAGUGCCUUUGCAGAAGCCAAAAAUUGUCGAUGCUUCGCAUAUUUUUAAGCCACCUCAUAGAAUGGGUCGACCUGAUCAUUUUGUCAUAAUCCUCAGAGGGCUUCCAGGAAGUGGAAAGAGCUACUUAGCCAAGAUGCUACGGGACCUUGAGGUUGGAAAUGGUGGUAGUGCUCCACGAAUUUAUUCUAUCGAUGAUUAUUUCAUGACCGAAGUUGAAAAGAUUGAUGAAAAUGGAGCUUCAAAGUCUUCAGCUGCAAUCAAGGGCAAGAAGGCUGCUGUGAAAAAAGUGAUGGAGUAUUGUUAUGAACCUGAAAUGGAGGAGGCUUACCGGUCAAGCAUGCUGAAAGCAUAUAAAAAGACCGUCGAGGAGGGAACUUUCACCUUUGUAAUUGUGGAUGACCGCAAUCUGCGGGUUGCUGAUUUUGCUCAAUUUUGGGCAAUUGGGAAGUCAUCAGGCUAUGAAGUUUACAUUUUAGAAGCAGCAUACAAGGACCCGGAGGGUUGUGCUGCUAGGAAUGUCCAUGGUUUUACCCUUGAUGACAUACAAAAGAUGGCAGGACAGUGGGAAGAAGCUCCAGCCUUAUAUUGGCAACUGGAUGUUAAGUCAUUAUUCCGUGGAGAUGAUCUCAAGGAAAAUGGGAUUCAAGAGGUGGACAUGGAUAUGGAGGAUGAUUAUGAUGAGAGUUUACCCGCAGUGGAAGGAAAAAAGUUAGAGAAUCGCAAGGGACCUCCUCCUGAUGGUGAUGCACCAAAUGAAGAAUUCUCCAAAAACGGGGAGAUAGGGGAUGGAGGAGGAGACCAUAUAACAGAAGUAAGAGAAUUGGGUAGGAGCAAGUGGUCAGAGAACCUGGAGGAACAUGAAAAUGAAGAGAAGGUUGAAAUGCGAACCAGUGUAUCUGCUCUUUCUGGCUUGGUUCAAACAUAUGGCAAGAAAGGAAAAUCUGUGCGCUGGGGAGACAAGGCUGGCAAUACUGGGUUCUUGAUUGGUGCUGCAAAGAAGGCAAAUGUUUUGUCUUUGGUGAUUGGACCGGGUGCUGGAUACAACUUGAAAUCGAACCUGUUGCCGGAUGAAGACAAUUUGAUGACGAGCCGUAGUGGUGGUGAACUGAAAAGACCGAGGAGCACAUUCCAGGAGCGAAUUAGGGCAGAACGCGAGUCAUUCAAAGUAGUAUUUGACAGGAGACGUCAGCGAAUCGGUGGGCUUGAUUUGGAGGAGGAAUAGAGAAACAAAUGGAACUGCUUAAGCCCCUGAAUUCUUAUGUUGCCUCUUUGCUAGGCUGUAAGUUAGAGUGGCAUUUUGUUGUAGAUUAGUAACACUGUAACUUGGCUUGCCCUGAAAUUUUCAGCUGUAACAGGGGAAGUCCUCGCUCAAAAUUAAUGAAAGAAAUCUUUUCGCCUUC